GGGAAGUGUUUCAGUCUUCGUUCGCGCCUGAUCGUCCACGAGAGAACCCACACGGGCGAGAAACCUUACACGUGUUCGGAGUGCGGACGAAGCUUCAGCGUCAGCUCCAGUCUCAUCGCCCACCGGAGAACCCAUACGGGCGAGAAGCCCUACAAGUGUUCCCAUUGUGCGAAGAGUUUCAGCGUGAAGUCUGGGCUGAUCGCCCACGAGCGGACCCACACGGGAGAGAAACCCUACAAAUGCUUGUACUGCAGCAAAAGUUUCCGCCGCAAUUCGGGUCUCGUGAGCCACCAGCGGAUCCACACCGGAGAUAAGCCCUACCAGUGCUCGGUGUGCGAGAAAAGCUUCAGCGACAUCUCCAACCUCAUUACCCAUCACCGGAUCCACACGGGAGAAAAACCCUACAAGUGCUUGGAGUGCGGGAAAAGCUUCAGCCAGAGCUCCUACCUCAACAGCCACCAGAGAAUCCACACGGGGGAAAAGCCAUACGAGUGCGCCGAGUGCGGGAAGACCUUCAGCGUCAGCUCUCGGCUGCGGAAGCACCAAAGGAGCCACACCGGAGAAAGACCCUUUGUCUGCUUGGACUGCGGGAAAACUUUCAGCGAGAGCUCCGAUCUCCUGGCCCACGAGAGGGCGCACACGGGAGAGAAGCCCUAUCGCUGCUCCUUUUGCGGGAAGAGUUUUCUCCGCAGCUCCGAGGUAGUGAGCCACGAGAGAAUCCACACGGGCGAGAAACCGUACCAGUGCGGGGAGUGCGGGAAAAGCUUUAGCGUCAGCUCGCGCCUGAGCGCGCACCGGAGGAUUCACACGGGGGAAAAGCCAUUCCAGUGCAUGGUGUGUGAGAGAAGCUUCAGUUACAAAUCCCACCUCAUUACUCACCAGAGAAUCCAUACUGGGGAGAAACCGUUCCAGUGCUCCGUUUGCGGGAAAAGCUUCCGGGGCAGUUCCAGCCUAGUAGCACACGAGCGGACUCACACCGGAGAAAAGCCAUACCGGUGUCUGGACUGUGGGAAAAGCUUUACUCAGAGCUCAAACCUCAUUAGUCAUCAGCGAAUCCACACAGAAGGGAAUUCUUGA